AUGGAGAACAGCACUUUAUUCCAAUUCCCCAACGCGACUCUCCCGACGUGGACUGAUAACAGUAUCGAAUACAAAAUCGUAAGCAUAUUAUUAGUGAUUCUUAUUUGUGGAAUUGGAAUUGUCGGAAAUGUCAUGGUCAUUCUUGUGGUCUUAACGACCAAGCACAUGCGCACCCCAACUAACUGCUACCUGGUAAGUCUGGCGGUUGCCGACCUCAUGGUCCUGACGGCAGCGGGGCUGCCCAACAUCACCGACAGCCUCUUCGGCCAGUGGGUGUACGGAUACGCCGGCUGUCUCUCCAUCACUUACUUUCAGUACCUGGGCAUCAACGCGUCCUCCUGCUCCAUCACAGCCUUCACCAUUGAGCGCUACAUCGCCAUCUGUCACCCUAUAAAAGCGCAAUUCCUGUGCACCCUCUCAAGAGCAAAAAAGAUCAUUGUUCUCGUUUGGUUUUUUACGUCCCUAUAUUGCGUCAUGUGGUUUUACCUUUCCGAUACAAAAGAGGUGGCUUACGAAAACGUUAUCCUAAUGACUUGCGCCUACAAAGUGUCCAGAAACCUGUAUUUGCCGAUAUAUUUCACAGAUUUUGCCGUGUUCUACGUUUUCCCGCUUCUGUUGGCGAUUGUUUUAUACGGGCUGAUCGCAAGAAUUCUGUUCCUCAACCCACUCCCGUCAGAUCCCAAGGAAAGUAGAAGGAACUGGAAAAAGGAGUCGACCGCGGGGAAUAAAUCAAUUAACUCCAGGAGUUCAUCCAGCAGCACGACUGCAGCUUCUCGGAGGCAGGUGACAAAGAUGCUGGCAGUGGUGGUGAUCCUCUUCGCUCUGCUCUGGAUGCCCUAUCGGACGCUGGUAGUGGUCAACUCCUUCCUCAAGGAGGCCUACUUGGACACCUGGUUCCUUCUCUUCUGCCGUCUCUGCAUCUACAUGAACAGCGCCAUCAACCCCAUCAUCUACAAUGCCAUGUCACAGAAGUUCCGUGCCGCCUUCCACAAACUGUGCCAUUGCGGGGCUCAGCACUCUGAGAAGCCCCCCACUUACAGUGUGGCCCUCACGUACAGUGUCAUCAAGGAGACCUCCAAUGGAGAAAGCCCAGAUCACUACACCACAGAGAUAGACGACAUCCGUGGAGCUGCCGAAGAGCUAUUGCCUGGGAGGAAAAGGUUAUCAUUUAAAGAGCCCUCACUGGCUUGUAAGGGUACACUGACUAGUGCUUAGCUCCUUAUUAGCAAAUUUGAUGAGGCAGGGUGUAUUAGUUUACUGUCUACAGUGUUAACAGUUUAACAGAGAAAAUGUGCCUCUGAGAACAAGGACUAGGAGUGUAGCUAGCUGCCACAUGGAAACCGCAUUUUGACAAUCAAAGAUUUUUAAUUAGCAGUUUUUAAACAAGCAGAUUUAUUUAUAGCCAACAUAGUCUCAUGAUAACUCGUCAUAAUUUGUACAACAUGGCAAAAUAUGGUAUGACUUUUAUUCCCAUAGAGACCAACCAAACAACAAACAGAAUUUCAAAUCAAUAUAGUACAGGCAUUACAUUUUAGCUAGCUUCCUAUCCAACACUUUUUUUUAAAGAAAGGAAACGUCAAUAAAUUUGGUUUGUUACAUAUUUAUUUAUGCAUUAAAAAUUAUUGAUGUAUGUCAAUAACUCGUACAACAUGAUCACACGGAAAGUCUGCAUGUUGUUUCUGAGAGUUCCAGUACCCUUGGAUCAACCACAUUAUGCCUACUCACAAGUGCAUCUUAUAUCAGGCACUAAAAACUAAAUGUUUUUCAUUUUGGUUCACUCUGAGCAGAUAAGGUAUUUUUCAUUCCGGUUCCUCCUCCUUUCCAAUUGGUAACUGGUCAGAAUGAAAUUAAGGAAUGGUAAUAACGUUCUUUUUUUAAAAAAAUGACAGUACUCUGUGCUAAAGAUGAGUGAUACCAGUUGCCGUGUUACCAGAUCUCUCAAAAACAAAAAGGGACCUGGUCUAGAAAAACACACUGAAAACAAGGGACUUUUAGUGUUACUAAAUUAGUGAUUAUAAGCAAUUAAAUUCUUUUUUUUCCCAUGUGGGGAAAUUAUCAGCAUAGAAAUCAUAACAAGCAAAGUGUACAGUAGCCUACAUAAAAUAAUGUAUUUUCAGUAAUGUAUUCUUAAUAUUAAAUAUGUCCCCAAAAAUAUGUAAAAUAUGUCAAAAAUACAUCUGGCUGUCUAAAAUCAAUUAAUACCACAAAUAUCUUUUCUCCUGCAUGCAUGCACAUAUUGCUUCAACGUCAUCUUAUAAGGGCCGAAUUAUUAUUUUUUAAAACAUGUCAUAAUUAUUUAAUAAUUAUUUUAUUAUUUUAUUUUAAUUACAGAUCUGCUUCUCGAUUCAGAAUCCAGCAGCAUCACAUCUGUAUUAAUGCAUCAUAUCUAACAUAAUUCAGUGAAGACUUGGAAACAACUGAGAAAUUUACUUUUUACCUCAAUAUCUUUCCUUGUAUCUGAAUUAACACAUGUUUAUAUAGUAAUUAUAUACAGUAUAUUUGUCUAAAAGGUCUUCAGCAUGUCACAAAGCUUCAUCCACAAUGUGCAUGAAGGCAAAGAAAAGAGUUGAUGUGGUUUCCUUCAGAAACAAAAAAGAGAGAAGCCUAAGUUUUUGGGGCAACAGGAAGUGGUGUACUUCCAAAAAUGUACUGUAAGUCAUUUAGACCUUGGUUUCAUAUAUACAUAUAUAUAUAUAUAUAUAUAUAUAUAUGGAAUGAAAUUAACCAGCUCUUAACUGAUUACCAACAUUUAAAAAUAAAGUUUUCACUCCGGAACAAUUGAAAGAGACUUAGCUCCCGUUUUCAGUUAUGUUUUGCAACAAAACAAAACAAAACAAAACAAAAAACAUUUUUCAUUUUCAUUCCUUGGAACGUUUUAAUUCCCUGGAACGUUUUAAUUCCCUGUCUCCUAUCACAUUUUUGCAACAGCUGCAGCAUGUUUACUUUCCCCUGUGGUGUGACCAUAAGCAUGUUGCAUCAGCAGCAUGGGAGACCCAGGCUUGGAUCCCAUGUUAAAACUAGGAAGUAAUCGCUUUCGCAUAAUCAGUGACAAGUGUGAUUCAGAAGUUGCAUUUUCCCCUUUAACAUUACAUUUUUAAUCCACUGAUGGUUAGAUUUAGGUUUGGGUCAGUUUAUAAAAUAUGCAUUCCUCUUUACUGUAUUACAGCCUGUACAGCUAAAAACCACUCGCUUCACAACUCGCUUUUGGUGCCCCUCCGUGGACAUUUCACCCAGAAAAUCCAGCUCACACAUGCCCAUCCGCCCAACAACAGUAACCGCUUUGUCCACUGGUGGCACUGUUUCACAUUUUGAUUAGCACAUACCGAUUUUAGCUAAAGAAAAGUCAACCUACUGUGUCCGAAUUCACUGUGAGAUCAGUCUGACCUGUAACACACUUCCAUUGUCUCAUUCCAAACCCAGAUGUUUUAUGUCUUCUGUGAUACACAACAGUGAAUUAACUUAAUAAAUUCAUGGUUAGGUUUAGGGUUUGGGUUAGGGGUUAAAUUUAGAAAAAUCUUAAUAAUAUUGUUCGUUGGUUUGUUUAUUUUUUGCUAUGGGAGGAAAGGUUUUUGUAUGAGCCAACAUGUACGAUUUCUUAUGAUUUCACCAUCUCGUACUAAUGUCAUGAGACAGGGAUGUUCAAAGCCCAAUAUACUAGAGUUGACUGAAGACCAAAAUAGGCCUUCCUUCUGCUCUGCUCUGAGUACUGUCCUGUCUAGUCACAGCUCCUAAAGCAAUCAUAGGUGAGGAUUUAGAGACACUUGAUUGGUUGGGUUAAACUUGACUGGGUGAUUUUAUUGACUUGAGGGUGAUUAAGUGUGUGAGCUCAGGGGUGAAUUCUCUGGUCCUUUCACACAGAGGAUUUCUUUUAGCACUGUGUACUCAAAGCACUGCCCAUUGGUAACUGUGGCAACAGCUUCAUGUAUCAUUGCCAAAUCAUCACCCUGGGAAACUUGAUCUAGGGAUGGCUUUCACACAGAUACACCGCACUCAACUGAUUUGAAAAUGGAUGGUUGAUUACUUAUCAGCUCACAUUUGUUGAAAUUGCAAGCUGAAUUUGAACAUUCACCCUUAUAAAAUAAGUUGUAAAUAGCCUGCCCAAUAAUGCUUUCUUUUGCAAAGGAGUAUAAAAUUCUAACCAUCAAAACCUAACCAUUUAAGCCACUCCACAUCUCCACUCUUUUUAGACUGCAUUUUUAGUCACACCCUUAUUGUCCCAUGACAAUCUAAAACAACAUUAAACAAGUGUCCAUUGCUUUACAUAUAUUGCACAUAGUGCAUUCUGCUCCACUCCACAUCUUCACUCUAUUUAGACUGACAUUUUUUCACAUAGUUGUCAUGUUUAACUAGCAGAGCAGUGCACAUGAAGUACGUAAAUGAACAGCAUUACGAUUGUUAGCUGCAAAAGUAUAAUUUGGAGAAGAAUUUAAUGAAUGAUAUUGGAUGUCUACAGCUGUAUCAUUGCCAUUUUUGUUAAACAAUGGAAUGUAAUUGAAUUAUUACAUUAAGAUGUAAAUAAUUUGUUUUGAUAUCUCACCCUUUCUCUUUCGAUUGUAUUUGCUGUAGUUUUUGAAAUUUGUUUGCUGUAAAAAUGCCUGAGUGAAAAUUUGCUGACUUUUGAUGUAGCAUUAUAAAAAUCAUAUGACUCAAACUGGCCAAAAGAGUUUAAUUUAUGGUUAAAAUCACCAUCAGUUUAAGCAUGUAGACUUUAGAGGAAAAAGAUGGCUGCUGUUGUGAUGUGAGCAAAAUAAUAAUAAUAAUAAGUAAAUAAAUUCAGUAUAUUGAUGUUUAAAUAGCCUUUCUGUUUUAAGACAUGUUUUGUAUGUAUUUUGUACAGUUGUUGUUUAAAAAUAAACUGAUGGUAGAAGUU